UGCAUAGCAACAAGUAAGUGGGCAUCCCAAAACCAGCAGCGUUAUAAUGUCGUGUCUUCCCAGAUUCUACCACCGUUUCUCUCUCCUUCCUGUUUCCACUUCUGUUUGCAUCUCGUCCCCGAAGCUCCCCGACCCAGCGUUCCUCCGCCCACGAAGCCGCUCUCUGCUGCCCUCUUCUGUGCUGAUGUCGUCCUUAGCUGCCGGAGUUGCUUCCCGGCUUCUCCACCUCAACUCCACUGCCGUUGCCUCUCUCGAAAACAGCUCUGGUGGCACCAAUCCGUCACCCGCCCAGUCCUCUUCUUCCCCUUCCGACAAUUCUCAGACGGAGAGCGGAGAUGAAGAUUUGCUAUUUGGAUACCAACUUCCUCCUAAGGAGAUAAGAGACAUUGUAGAUGCACCUCCCAUUCCUGCAUUAUCGUUUUCCCCCCAUAGAGAUAAGAUACUUUUCCUGAAGCGCAGAUCUUUGCCACCCUUGUCAGAGCUUGCAAGACCAGAAGAAAAGCUUGCUGGAAUAAGGAUUGAUGGAAGUGCUAAUUCAAGGAGUAGAUUGUCUUUCUACACUGGCAUAGUGAUCCAUUCUUUAUUGAGUGAUGGCACACUUGGCCCGGAGAAGGAGGUGCAUGGCUUUCCCGAUGGCUCAAAGAUCAAUUUUGUUAGCUGGUCAACAGAUGGACGUCAUUUGGCUUUCAGCAUUCGUACAGAUGAGGAAGACAACAAAUGCAGCAAGUUGAGAGUAUGGAUUGCAGAUGUUGAUUCGGGAAAGGCUAAGCCACUUUUUCAGUCAGAUGAUAUAUGUUUGAAUGCGAUAUUUGAGAACUUUGUUUGGGUUGAUGAUUCAACAUUAUUAGUUUGCUCCAUUCCUGUUAAUCGUGGAUCACCACCGAAGAAACCCCUGGUUCCUGCAAGCCCAAAAAUUCAAUCAAAUGAGAAGCAGAAAAUUGUUCAAGUUAGAACUUUCCAAGAUCUGCUGAAAGAUGAACAUGACAAAGAUUUGUUUGACUACUAUGCUGUUACACAGCUGUUAUUGGCCUCAGAUGGGAAAAUGAAACCAAUUGGGCCUCCUGCUCUUUAUACAUCAGUUGAUCCAUCUCCUGAUGGGAAAUACUUAUUAGUGUCCCAUAUCCACCGGCCAUAUUCAUUCAUGGUUCCCUGCUCACGAUUUCCAGAGAAAGUUGAUUUAUGGACUGCCGAUGGGGAGUUUAUUAAAGAAAUAUGCGACUUACCACUUGCUGAACAUAUUCCGAUUGCUUUUAACAGCGUGCGUAGGGGAAAGCGUUCAGUUAACUGGAGACCAGACAAGCCUUCAACAAUUUACUGGGUAGAGACGCAAGAUGGAGGCGAUGCCAAAGUGGAAGUUUCACCACGCGAUAUUGUUUAUACACAGCCAGCUGAGUUUAGAAACGGAGAAAAACCUGAUAUCUUGCAUAAACUUGAUCUUCGCUAUGGGGGUAUCUCCUGGUGUGAUGACUCCCUCGCCUUGGUAUACGAGUCUUGGUAUAAAACUCGUCGGACAAAAACUUGGGCAAUUUCUCCAGGCCACAAGGAUGUAAACCCACGAAUACUAUUCGAUAGAUCAUCAGAAGAUGUCUACUCUGAUCCAGGAUCUCCAAUGAUGCGGCGAACAGCUGAAGGAACAUAUGUUAUUGCAAAAAUAAGAAACAAAGAUGAAGGAAUUUACAUUUUACUAAACGGAAGAGGUGCAACACCAGAAGGAAAUGUUCCAUUCUUAGAUUUAUUUGAUAUACAAGAAGGAAAGAAAGAACGAAUAUGGCAAAGUGACAGAGAAAAAUAUUAUGAAUCAGUUGUUGCAUUGAUGUCGGAUUAUAAUGAUGACUUGCUAAAUAUCGAGCAACUAAAGAUACUUACUUCCAAAGAAUCAAAAACUGAAAACACACAAUAUUUCAUACAAAGCUGGCCAGACAAAAAAACUAUUCAAAUUACGAAUUUUCCCCACCCGUAUCCACAACUGGCUGAGUUGCAGAAGGAGAUGGUGAGGUACAAGAGGAAGGAUGAUGUUCAACUUACUGCAACUCUUUAUUUGCCUCCUGGUUACAGCCCAUCCGAUGGGCCACUCCCGUGUUUAGUCUGGUCUUACCCAGGGGAAUUCAAAAGCAAAGAUGCAGCAGGGCAAGUUCGUGGCUCUCCAAAUGAGUUUGCGGGCAUAGGUUCCACAUCAGCUCUUUUAUGGUUGGCUAGAAGAUUUGCUAUAUUGUCUGGACCAACCAUUCCAAUCAUUGGUGAAGGUGAUGAAGAGGCAAAUGAUCGGUACGUGGAACAGUUGGUUUCUAGUGCUGAGGCUGCGGUUGAGGAAGUUAUCAGGAGAGGGGUUGCUCACCCGGACAAAAUUGCUGUUGGAGGUCAUUCUUAUGGGGCGUUCAUGACAGCUAAUCUCCUUGCACAUGCUCCCCAUCUUUUUUGCUGCGGAAUUGCUCGGUCUGGGGCAUACAAUAGGACACUAACUCCUUUUGGAUUUCAGAAUGAAGACAGAACGUUAUGGGAAUCUAUCGAUACAUAUGUUAACAUGAGCCCUUUCAUGUCAGCAAACAAAAUCAAGAAGCCACUUUUGCUAAUCCAUGGUGAAGAGGAUAAUAAUUCAGGAACUCUGACAAUGCAGUCAGAUCGCUUCUUUAAUGCAUUAAAGGGCCAUGGAACAGUCUCUCGUUUGGUGAUUCUGCCAUUUGAGAGCCAUGGCUAUUCGGCUAGAGAAAGCAUCAUGCAUGUUCUUUGGGAGACUGACAGAUGGCUACAGAAAUACUGUACUGAUAAUUCUGAAAAAUCAGAAGAAUCACACGAUUCCAAAACCGAAGCUCACAAAACUCUUCUAUCCACUGCUGGACUGGCUACCACUGAAGCCCGGGAAGAUGAUGAGUCUAAUCCUACUACUAUGAAGUCACUACUAUGAUGAUUAAAUGAAAUCAAAUGAGUGGAAGCUGCCAAAGAUGGCAAUAAUUAUUUGCAGGAUGACUGUAUGAGCACAGACUGCUUGGACUUAAACGUACAUAUCUUCCAAAGUUAGGACAUCUGGAGCUUGAUUAUAUUGAGGGGUUAUGAUUUGAUUGCUGAAUCAUCUUUUUUUCUCUAUCUUAAUUUGACAUUAAGGCUAUAAGGGAAAUAAGUGUGUUGGAUGAAAUGGCCGAUUCUUAUUCUUGUAAUGUUUAUUUAUGUUUGUUUGUUUAUAUGAUUAAACAACUUUGAUUGGAAUUCUUAAACUUAUUGUAUAAAUGAAUUUGUUUAAUCUUUGGCUCA